AUCGGCUUAAGUAUACCCGUAGGGGAGUGGCCGUCGUCGGUGUGAAAUUAAAUGACGGCAUGAAAUGUUUAAUUAAAAAAUGUCGAGAUUUGUAUUUGUGCACGGGGUACGAGGUGUGCAAUACUUCUUCUCUCUUCUCUCCCCUCAGCUCCGUUGUGCGCCUUUGUCAUUUAUCUUUGUUUGCCCACCCUUGUACUUCAUAUCUUACUGCCACAGCAGACCGGCCAUCGAACUGUAUCUAGUCAAAGGUCAAAGGUCGAAGCCAGCGCAGCCCGGAGCUGCCUGUACGAGACAAUAUGAGAGACUUUGAGGUGCAUAAGCAUGAACGCAUUGCUAGGAGUGCGACUGCU